CUUCAAAGCCACUUAGAUGAGGCGAGCUUCAGUUAUUCCUCGAUAUUUCCGUGUGGAAGCUGAGGCAGAAGGCAACAAGCAAAUUUCUCAUGAGGCAUCCCAUCGCUUGAGAGUCAACAUGUACAAUUUAGGAAGCAGAGUGCUGAGUGCAGUUAUGGAUGUAUUUUCAUAUGGGUCACGUUCAACUAUUCACCUGCUGAGGCUUCUGAUAGCUGCCCAGAAGAUGCGCAAGAGGCUUACACCAGCUGUGCUUCCACACAAAUUUUAUUACACACUACGCAGUCUGCUUGAUUCCAUAAAUGAUGUUGCUAUAAAGCAACUAGCUGUCUCUUACGCCAAGCCAUUAAAACCUCACUUGGAUGCACAUGAACUUUAUUUCCUAAGAUCAAGAAGGCAUAAAACCAGAACUUACAUCUGUUGUCCAAAAGGUGUAUGCAGCUAUGAUAAAAUGUGA